UAAAGCUCCGUAGGGAGGAGUUUACGCUUUCCGUUGUGCAACGUUUGCAUUAGGGAAUCGAUACCCGGGAAUACCCGGGAAUAGAAGGAGUGAAGGGAGCAGAGGACAGUCAUUGUGGAUACGACCGCCGCUCUAAAACAUUCCAGCAGUUCAAUCAUUCCUUCUAACAAUGCGGUAGUGGUGAGAGCAGUUAAGAGAAGAGAAAGAGAGUAUCUGUAGAGAAGAGGCAACACUGUGGGUUACAGUUUUCUUUGUUGAGUUCCUCUGCAAAACUAAAGGCUAAAAGAUGUCUAAACCAAAUUACACAGGAACAUUUCACAUGGUGUCUCAAGAUAACUUCGAGAACUACCUAGCAGCUUUGGAUAUUAAUUUUGCCCUGCGGAAGAUAGUGUGUAUGUUGAAGCCCACUAAACAGAUAGUCCACGACCCGGCCACGGGCAGUAUGAAGAUCCGCACACUCACCACCUUUAAGGACUUUGAUAUGGAUUUCAAACUGGGUCAGGUCUUCACCGAGGACCUGGGACCUGUGGAUGGACGAGUCUGUCAGACCACAGUGGACUGGGAGGGUGAUAAGCUGGUGUGUGUUCAGAGAGGAGAGAAGGAGGGAAGAGGAUGGACACACUGGCUGGAGGGAGACAAGCUACACCUGGAGAUGAGAGUUGGAGAUGUGGUUGCCAGGCAACUCUUCAAGAAGGCAGACUGAAACCACUGGGAAGGAUCCCGUUCAUCAACUCAACAUUCAUGAUUCUCAUUAGAAAAGUCUAGGACUUGGUAUAUAAGUGCCAAAGUUUAUACAAAUAUGAUCAUCAUUGUUUUAAAACCAUUACUUAAUGUACAACAUUUAAGAUAUUUUUAGUUUUUGAAUGUUGUCAUGGUACAGUGCAGGGUGAACUGUGUAAACAUUCCCAGUGUGUUUCCUCAUAUAGCACUACGCUAGUUCACAAUGCCAUUGAAUGUUCCCUUUUGUGUUUAAUGUGGCUGUUCUGUGUCUUAACUAUACCACCUGAUGCUCCACACUACAAAUACAGAUGUUGCCUCUUUA